GAAUGUGUGAUAUCUUUUUUGAUGUAGAGAGACACGUUAAAUAUUUGAUUCAUUGUUUCCGAAUAUGGGCAGAAAUUGCUGUUGUAUUUUUUUUUAAUUCUUCCAUUUGCGCGCUGCUGGCAGCAAGUUAAACAAAGGUGUUAUAUUAGAAUAACUCAUGGUGAUGGCAAUGUACUCAAAUAGUCAUAAAAUGAACUGAACGAAAAAAAAAAGUAUAAUGAAACAAUGCCAACCAACAAGUUGGCUCAUUAUUCCAAUAAUAAAUAACCAGAUCUCCAAGAAAGAGAUACCAACGCCAAGAAUUAACCGUUUAUUUUCACAUUUUUCGGCCUGGUUUUAUUUGUUCAUGCGAUAUUGAUGAUGGUACCGGCUGUUGCUGCUUUGUUUACUAUCGCACCAUGAAAAUCAGUUGGCCUGAUGUGUGGCCAGAGAUUGCUUUUUUCUCGUCACAAUCUAAUGACAACCUCUUCUUUAACCGAUCUAAGGACACGAAAAUGUCGAACCUUCGCUGUGCCAAGCAUUGUGGAUAGAAUCCGAACGAAGCAGGAGGGCUAGGCAAAACCGUUAAAACAACACGAAUAACAUGUGCUUUCACACCACACACAUGACGCACCAUUUUUGAGCAAAGAGGAAAUGUACACAAUUUCCGUUGCGCUUUCACCGUCGCAUUUUUCGUUGCUGUUGCCAUUGCCGUUGUUGUCUUUAGAUAAUGCCCAGGUUGUUUACCCUAUGAUCGCAUUUAUUGCCGUGGUUCACGUGAAAUUCCGGCAAUUUCGUUUCGUUCGCGCAACAAGGCGUCGUGGGUUAAUUUUCGCAUUGAGUCAAAUUAAAUUUGACUAACAUAUUUUUUAUUCACUGCCAUUUGUCAUCGGGUUUAAACGAUUUGCACAUUUCAACGGAAUUGGCGUGAAUACACACACAUAAUACAGCAGUACAUAAACAGCCAGUUCAUAUAAUGGCGAGCGUUGUAUUUGCGAAUGAUGAUUCAUUUGUUGUGACUGUGCUGCGAGCUGAAGUGGCGAAGUGGCAAACCGUCUCUGCCUCUUCGAUUUCAUAUCCAAUGACUUGCCUUGGUUUCCAAUAUUAACCAACUUUUGUUUUGUUUCAAUAUCAGAACCAAUGAAUGAUCAGAAUAUUCCCAACACUUCGCACGUAUUUUGAUUGUUCACGCUUGAAAAUGUGUAAUCACGAUCAUACGAACUUUGCACUCCAUCACGGCCCCCCCUUCCUCUCUCUGUCUCGCUACAUAAAAGAAAAGCGUGCUCAAAUCGAUGCGAUUGCGAUGUGUUUCUCUUUCUUCUCGAGAUUUGAUGUUGUUGUUGUUAUUGUUUGUGUUCAUGUAUGAAAAUAGCACGCAAACGAUUGUGAGCGCACAGCAGGCAAACACUAAAUCUUAUUAUUUAAAAGAAUGAAUAUUAUGUAGGCGCUGAAAUUGUGUACGAAUUGAUAUUAAAACAUACCAUUUGUUGGCACCGUCCUUCGUUAUUUGACGCGAUUAUUUAAGAUGUUAUGAUUCUUAUUUAAUUUCAUUUUGUUUCUUUUUUGUUUGUUCGUCGUGUGUGGAUCGGUCGAAUCCGCAACGCAUAAACGGUCGCACCAUUUGCGAUGAUUUGUUUGGUUCAGCGAUCGCACAAUGAACCGAUUUCUACGUAUUUUUGAAAUGUAACGCACCGAAAAACAGUCUAUUUUUCAAAUCAUUGAUAACAAAUUUGGUUGGUGGCCCCCAUCCAAAACGAGAGGCAACAAGACACAGACGUAGAAAGCAACAGAGAAAGAGAUAGAGAGAGCAAGAUAGAAAACAUCCAUUUGGUUUUUGAACCAAAAAUAUUGACGAAGACAUAAUGUUUCACCAUGGAUUCGGAACGUAGAACGUUGAAAAUGAUGUGCCGCUAAAAAUAGAGCGCGUCAAAAAUGCGCGCACUUCUUCUUCGGUUUGAAUUUGUUGUUUUUUCUUUGUGUGAAAAAUUCUCAUCAUCGCGUGUGGAUUUUCUUAUUUUUAAAAGAAAAAAAAACGGUCUGAUUAUGUCUGGUCGUUGGUGCUUUUCCUCUCAAUCUCUGAAUCUCUCUUUCUCUCAUCGCGUGGAUUAGUUCAUUCUCGAUACAGUUCUACGCACUUUGUAGUCAAAGUGUGUCGACCGCGUUGAAAAAAAAGUCAUUUCAAAAUCCAAGUGAUAUUGAUCGUUCUAAGAAAAAAAGGUCGUUCACAGGAUAUUUUGCUUUGCCAGCACCCCCAACGAUUGAACAAAUCAACGAAAUUGUUUAUAUGGCAACUAUUUUCGACAGCACAUAAAUUGUUUGGGCGAUUUUUUGGAAAACCACAUUGGCAACGGACAACCGUCAUCAUUUCCAUUUGAUAUCUCAUGCAAAUGUCGAAUGAAAAUAAGCAAAUUCUCCAAAAUGAUGAGUUUUCCGUUGAAUUGCUGUGCUUGCCAUUUCCUCCAAUUCGAAAUACAUGAGAAAUGGGGAUGGGCAAACGCACGCAAACACGCUCUCUGGUAUCAAGCGCAAUCAAACUGCAUUUGAAGCAUGCAUCAUUCGACCACGUUCAUGUCUGUAACGCCGUUAUGCCUUGUCAUAGCACCGAAAUAAAUAUUGAUUCCAUUGCAAAUGCCGAUUUCCAUCGACUUGAUCAUCAUUUAUAGAAGGGAAAAAAAACACUAACAAACUAGUGCGCUGAUUUCUGAUUCUUUUCAACUUGCGUUCCACAUGAAUAUUGAUUUACGAACCGUUUUCCACCAUGCAUAUAAUGCGCGCAUAUUUCUACAUACCGCAAAUGAAAAAUAAAACUGUGUAUUAAUAAUUUAAUCAGUGAAAAAAAAGUAAAUGAAGAAGAAAUAAAGCGAAACACGUAUGAAAAAGUACUGAUAUCAUCAAAACAUAAUGAUUGAAAGUACUUUUUUUUUGUUGUUGUUGCGUUGUUUCUUCGUUUUGUUUUUUUUUUUUGCUUCUGCUUUUAUUGCGCGAAAUCACUUCAAAUGAAAAUUGUCUGCGAUUUGAUUGCACUCGUACUGAUACACCUAUCGGCUCUCGGUAAGAAGCGAUAAUAGAUUAGUUGGUAAUGGUGUCUAGCACUGCUCAACACAAGCCAUUUGCCAUAUAAGUACAUGCGAAUUUGCGAUACAAUAGCAGCAAUGGACAAUGCAAAAGACACGCCGCGUUUUGGCUGUCUGGAUGGGUGCAAUCGGAAAAUAAUAAAAAUCAGGCUCUCAGACGGCAAGUAUACAAUUCACGCUUUGUCUUGUCUCGAUGCUACUUUUACUACGACACAACUUGCUACACAGUUCAUGGCAGCCAAGAGAAGGAGCCAUAACUUCUUCGUAAUUUUACCAUACAUGACGUACCAUUUCAUUCAAGAAUUCAGACACAAAUCGGUUUUUGAUGAUUGGCACAUUUAAGUGGAAACCAAAACACAACUUCCACAAAGUUCUUCUUCUCUUGUUCCUCUUGCCUCUAAAAUAUUAAUCGUUGUCAAUCGCGUCGUCGUCAUCGUCAUUUUUCAUUAUGAAUUGGUUGGCGUGUACAAACCAAUGUAAAAACGGCUUAUUCACGCGCGCCGCACCAACACGCCACCGCUACGCCGUAUCCGCCGCUUUAGUAGUAGUGACUCAGUAGCGGUGCUGUAGUAGCGCUCUAUCGUCAAUUUUUAUCGUGAUUACUUUUCCAUAUUUGGUAAUAAAGAUUUGCGCAUUUUUCUUUUCGUUUGCAUUCGAAAACAAAAGCUUUUAUAUGCAUAAUAAACACAAUGGAUACAAAUAGAUUAUGAACCAAUGUGUAUGCAUAUUCACACGCAAAGCGGUUUUGUGCUGAAUUCAAUGUAGUUUGAACAGAGAGUAGAGACGAGCGAGAAAGAAACAAAAAGAAGAAGACAAAACACAAACUAUGUGUAUCAAUAUAAAAUAAUAUACUAUAUACACACACAUCAAGCGAAUUGGAAGGCGAAUGCGAAUCGCGAAUACACGCCUAUUAUAGCGGAACUGCACAUGAUCAAAACAUUGAGUGAAACAAACGAAACAGACAAAGAAUGAGAGUAACACAGUAAUCGAAAUAUGAGUAACUGAAUUGAAAUUAUUAUUUACGUACACAUCAGUGGAACAUAUCACGGAGUGAGUGAGUUGUUGUCGAGAGACGACCCAUAGAUAUACCACCAGUUGUUGACGAUUUCAUUUUGUUGUUGCAAAUUGAGCGAAAUUGGUCAUAUACACCAUAUAAGUUUAUCGUACACGUAAAUAAUAAUAAACACCACGAUUUUGGACGCUCAGCACAGCACCACAUUUGGGUUGAUAAAGUGAUAAGCGAUCUUGAUCGAACCGAGUAACACACAUAUUUAAAUAGAAAAAUGGCUUCAGGAGUAACUGUUUCAGACGCAUGCAAAACCACGUACGAAGAAAUCAAAAAAGAUAAGAAGCAUCGCUAUGUCAUCUUCUACAUUAAGGAUGAGAAGCAAAUUGACGUCGAAGUGGUUGGUGAUCGUAACGCUGAAUACGAACAAUUUUUAGAAGACAUCCAAAAGGGCGGCACUGGUGAAUGCCGAUAUGGUCUUUUCGACUUCGAAUACAUGCAUCAAUGUCAAGGCACAUCUGAAAGUUCGAAGAAACAAAAGCUAUUUUUAAUGUCCUGGUGCCCAGACACCGCCAAAGUUAAGAAGAAGAUGUUGUACUCAAGCUCAUUCGAUGCAUUGAAGAAAUCGUUGGUUGGCGUACAAAAAUAUAUUCAGGCUACCGACUUGUCGGAAGCAUCGCAGGAGGCUGUGGAAGAAAAAUUGCGUGCUACUGACCGUCAAUAAGCAAAAUCUAAUUUAAACAAAAGUGAAAACCACAAUAAACAACAACAACAACAACAACAGCAACAACACGCAUAGAAAAGAAAAAAAAUUUCAACUUAAACUGAAAUCAACCAUCAUUUUUCUGAUCAUAUGAAUCAGCCACAUACAACUGCAACAGCAACACCAUCAGCCACCAAUAUCAACCGAUUCAGAAAUUACAGAGAGAAUAAAAAAAACGAAAACAUACAUACAAACACAAAAAAAAAUCGCUAAAUACAUAACUCAAUUUCAAUCAUACGACAACCGAGGAGCGUACCAUAGCAAACCACUACUUUUUUUAACAAUAAGCUGAAAAUAAUUUAAAAACAACAACAACAUCAACUAAAGAUAUUCAAUCAUUCAAAAUAAUCAUUUAAUAAAAAAAAGCAACAAAUUUAAAUAAAGAAGAGAAAAAAGUAUGAUGAAAUAAUUUAAAACAAAAAAAAGAUGAAAUUGAAACUUAAUUGAGGAUGAAACAAUAAAUAUAAUAUUAUUAUAAUAUAACAAUGUCAUUCAGAAUUACAUCUCUUUCAUAAAAAACAACAAACAAAAAAAAACAAAAA